AUGAGCGCUUUUCAGAAGGAAUACAAUUCGUGUCAGUGCAGUCCGUUUCAGUUCACUGCCAGUGGAAGCCUCGCUGAAAAAAUUAACUCGCCUCUUUCAUUCCCACGUGGACUUGCUGCGAACAGUGCACCUCGAAUUGCUCGAUGCGUCGAGUCGGAGCCAACAUCACCAUUCAGCAACUGUGCUAUUCUUAUCAAACAGUCUACAGAUCUGAGGAAGGAACCGUUCCAGUACACCGUCGAGAAAAAUGCUCUCUCUUCUGUCAGCACCUUUGAAACUGUCACUUGUAGUGCAUCUACUUCAGCUGACGUCGUUUGUUGA